CGCCGAUUUGUUCGGUUCUUUCGCCCUCGUCAUUUUUAUUGCUCUGGGAUGUGACUAAAAAUAUUUGAGUUCCCGGUUCAACGGAAAGGCGCGAGUUGUCAAUAGUGCGAGGUGAUGAACUCCGACGGGACGUUGAUCUUCGCCAAAGGAGGCAUCUUCGGUGUUUCCGUCCCCGGGAUGACGUGCGACACGUGCAAGGAAAGGAGGCGUGCACGACUUCGUCCAACUGGUGAGCUGAAAAAAUUGUCUGAAGAAAGUUUAACAAGGCAGCCUGAAGAAGUGUUUGACAUUAUAUGCAAACUGGGAGAAGGCUCAUAUGGAAGUGUUUAUAAAGCUUUGCAUAAAGAGUCCGGCCAGGUUUUGGCCAUUAAACAAGUACCUGUUGAUACGGAUUUACAAGAAAUAAUAAAAGAAAUAUCCAUUAUGCAACAAUGUGAUAGCCCUUAUGUUGUUAAAUAUUACGGAUCUUAUUUCAAAAACACUGAUCUCUGGAUUGUAAUGGAAUAUUGUGGAGCAGGGUCUGUUUCUGACAUAAUGAGACUUAGGAAGAAAACACUGACUGAAGAUGAAAUAGCGACGAUUCUUUGUGAUACACUGAAAGGCCUAGAAUACCUUCACCUAAGGAGGAAAAUACAUCGAGACAUCAAAGCUGGCAACAUCUUACUCAAUACAGAAGGGCAUGCAAAACUCGCAGAUUUUGGUGUGGCAGGCCAGCUUACUGACACAAUGGCAAAACGAAAUACAGUCAUUGGAACUCCGUUUUGGAUGGCGCCAGAAGUUAUUCAAGAAAUUGGAUAUGAUUGUGUUGCUGAUAUGUGGAGUUUAGGAAUUACGGCUUUGGAAAUGGCUGAAGGAAAACCCCCGUAUGGUGAUAUCCACCCGAUGCGUGCGAUAUUUAUGAUACCGACUAAACCUCCUCCUUCUUUCCGAGAGCCUGACCAGUGGAGUCCUGAAUUCAUCGAUUUUGUCUCCAGAUGCCUAGUUAAAAACCCAGAAGAAAGGGCGACUGCGACGGAAAUGCUACAACAUGAAUUUAUAGGAAAUGCCAAACCUCCAAGUAUACUCAACGGAAUGAUUCUGGAGGCCAGGGAAAUCAGGGAGAAUCAAAACUCAAGAAUUAGCGCUGCAAAUACCGCUCUUCAUAAACAAGCUGUGACCGAUUCUGAUGAUGAAGGAGGAAAUAACAGUGGUACUCUUGUUCACUACGAUGAUGUCGAUAGUGCAACCCUUGUUCCGGAUAGGGAUCUCGAUGGAACAUUAAAAAGUGAUAAGACACUUGUCAAGGGUAAUAACUCCCUAGCAGAAGGUCUCGGCACUAUGGUGAUCAAUAGUGACACAGAAGAUGAAAGUACAAUGAAAAGACAUGACACAGGCCCAGGGGAAUCCGGAAAAAAAUAUAGACCACUGUUCUUAGAUCACUUUGAUAAAAAGGAAGCUGAGAGUAUAAUGGCGAAUGGUCAGGUCAAUGCAAAACUGAUGCAAGGUGAUGUGCAGUCAAUGACUCAUAUAUCCCAGGAUUUAGACGAAAGGCGGGCAUCCGUAGUAAAUAUGACUGAGCAGAGCCAGAGGGAUGAAACGCUUUACCCUUCGGAUUCACAUCAGUUUAAGUUCCAUUCAGCUUUUAUGGAUGGCGACUUUGAGUUUUUAAAAUGUCUGAGUUACGAAGAGCUUCAGCACAGGAUGUCGACUCUGGAUUCAGAGAUGGAACGGGAGAUAGAUGAGCUGAGGCGACUGUACCAGACAAAGAGGCAGCCAAUCCUAGAUGCGAUGGACCAGAAAAGGAAGCGCCAGCAGAACUUUUGAGCUUCAAAGAAUACAUAAAAGGAUUUUAUUUUUCUUCUCACAGUUUUCAGUUGAAACUAAAUCCUUUGGUAAAUCCCGAGGAACGGCUCAUUGAAUAUUUCUCUAGGGUAAAUAUUUUUGUAUAUUCUGCUAGUUGAAAACUGUGAUAAAUUCUGUUUUUCUGCAUUCUGUUUCCCUGUAUUUGAACAGACAAAGAAUAGUGCAAUCUUAUUUAAUUUCAAUACCAUUAAAAAAAAGUUUUUAAGUAUUUCUAUUUUAAAAUUUUUGAUCAUAAAUAUAGAUAAAUGAAUAUAUAUAUGAAUGAAUAUUUUUUAAGUGUUGAGGGUUAAAAUUUUGAAUCUAUCACUUAAAAAUUUAUACAACAAUCGUAUAUUUGCAACUUGUUAUUAUUGAUUGCUAAGGAUCAAUCUUGGAUACUGUUUUAAUCUUUACUAGUUUCUUAAUUAUUAACUUACAUAAGAUUAUUAUGAAUGAGCACGGUUACUGAGUGAUGGUCACUCCAUUAUUAGUUGAUUGUAAACGAUUCUUGAUGGAUCAAGGGUUUUGAUUUAAAACUCAAACAAGUAUUUUAGUAUUUCUAAAUCUAAGAAUUUUCAGCUAGUCAGCUCUUAUCGAAACUUAGAACUACACUUCCUUCCCUGAUUCUCACAUUCAAUCUUCUUUUGAGGAAAGUAUUGCAAAUGUAUGCGUGAAAACAUUCGGAUUGUUGUCAGUAUUGAGGGUUUUAGCAGAUGCCUUGCAAGCAAUUUGAAAUGACUGAAUGUAAUAAAAAAUAAUUUAAAAAACAAAACGCUACUGUUACUGAACCAGAAGUGUAUUUUCCUCUUGCAACUAUUAGAUUUAUGGUCAUAAUUUCUAAAAUAAUGAUUAAAAAAAGAGGUAUUUUGUAAAUAUAGAAGAUUAACAAAUAAAACAAAGAGAAAUAGUUACAUUAGUUUUGUAUCUAGAAAACAGAACGAAGUCUGUAAAUUUUGUAAAAAUUAAAAAUAAAUAAAAAAUUUGCAUCUCAAUACAAAGACUGGAGAGGUCUGUUAAAAUGUAUUUUUAAAACUGUAUUAUUUAAAAACUGCCCAGUAAUAAUCGGUGUAAAUAAUAGUAAUUAAUAAUAAAAUAAUGUAGUUAUGGCUGAGUUUUUACUUACAUGGUUGAGAUUAUAAAUUUUAAUAUUUUAAAUAAGUUGCCAUAUUAUCUUAGUUUUGUCUAUUUUGUAAAAGUUGACAAAAAGUUUUAAAUCAAAAUUGGUUUCAAUCAAAGCCAGUUGUUAAUACUUCAUUUUAAAAUGUUAUGGAUUAAUGUCUGUAAAAGAAAAGUAAAACAUCAAAUUUUUAUCGUUAUCUUUUAUAUUUUUAUUGUUUUUCCUACAAAAAUUAAUAAAUUAUACAUAUUAGUUAUCACCAGUUUAUUUUUACCUGCCUUAAUGCUCAAACAGCCACAAUUAGUUCAGCAUAAUAUGGAAUCUUUAUAUUUUACGUUUAGUUUUUAUGUUUGUUUAAUAUUGUGUGGAUUAAUUCAGCAAAUAAAAAAAUAAUGAACACUACUGUACUUUUCUCUUCCAACAAUGUGUUUUCCGAAAAUAAUAAGUUUUAUUGGUUACAAAACAUAUACAAUAGUUAUUUAUGAUGAACGGUACAGGAUCACUUACCAUCAUCAACUCUAAUAUAUAUUUAUUUUUUAAUAAACAACAUUCAACAUAACCAGUCAUCUUAAUAUGCAUGAGAUACUUGAUAUUGAUGGUAUAGUGUCAAUUACAUGAUUGCAAAGAUAACUAAUACCAAACAUUGAAGUCAUUGUGUUUGACAUUGUUGCUGUUUGAGUGUUUUAAGGUUCUAAGUGAAAACAUGACAAUAAUAUUUUACUUAUAUAUUUAAAGCCUAUUUUGUAAAGGACCAUGUGAAAAUCAGCACUGUUUGUCUCUUGUUUACAUUACAGAUUACGAGUACAGAUGCCUCGGAGAGCUUUA